AUGAGCCUCAUUUCCGGAUUCUGGGAUCAGGUCGACACUCGUGCCUCUGCGAUUCCCCAUCAACUUUGUCCUCCGUGUAAAACGUUCUGCUCUACUUCGACGUUACUACAAACCCUGCCCCAUGACUAUGCGACCUGGGAACAGGAGGGGAAAGAUGGCCGACCUCUGACUCUACGACGCAAGGAUCAAGAGUCAUAUCAAAUUCACAAUUACUCGGGACUCCGUCGGUGCGUCUCGGACGGCCAAUGCCACCUGUGUGCCGUCAUCUGGGCUGAGCUGCAGUCCGAGGCUGGAUAUGAUCCGCUGAAGGAGCUGUGCCGUCAUGAGCACAGGGGAGUGGUGUUGACUGGAGUCCUGAAGGGAGGGGGCAGACAGUUCAUCAACCACCGCCUUCUGACAUUCCACAUUGGAGAGAAGAAGUCGAAUACAGCAAUGCAGCUCCUCAUGUCUGCUGAGCCACACACCGCACCCAUCCGACAGCAACUCGAUGCGCAGUUGGCGUUCUCUACCGAUUCGGAUGCCACCUUAUCUCUUGCGGAUAAAUGGCUUCGCGAUUGUAUUGCGCAGGAUACGGCGUGCGCGAGUGAGAGACAAAGUGCCGUAUGGGAUAGAACGUUGCCUGCCAGACUCAUCUGCGUCGAAAGCGAUGGUUCUAGCCUGCGGUCGGCUCGUGUCGUGGAUACGAACCUUUUGCCUUCAGAUACCCCUUACCUGACGCUCAGCCACUCGUGGGGAGAUGGUAAGUUUCUGAAACUACUUUCGACGAACACGACACAGCUGUAUUGUGACAUUUCGGUGGACGAGUUGAGCAGGACCCACAGAGAUGCUCUGUCAAUUACACGCAGAUUGGGGUACCGAUAUAUCUGGAUUGAUUCGCUCUGCAUCAUUCAAGACUCCGAGGAUGACUGGAGAUCACAGUCAGCCCAAAUGGCUUCAAUUUACGGUAACUCGACAUGUAAUAUUGCAGCAGAGAAUGCUCCUGGGUCUGGUGGAUGUUUUGUCCGCCGUAAUCCCCUAAUGCAGCGACCCUGUCAAUUGACUCACAGCAACGAUCUGGACCGGGGAGAAGGAGUCUACGCUCACCGCUACCACACAGCAAACUGGUCGGCAUUUCCACUGUAUUACUAUUCUCCUUUAUCCCUCCUGACUAGAGCAUGGGUCCAGCAAGAACGCAUCCUAUCCCCUCGAGUUCUGUACUUUGGUGGUCCCGAAAUCCAUUGGGAGUGCUGCUCAUUCCAGGCUUCCGAGGCGUGGCCGAAUGGAUCGCCCAACGAAGACCAUGGCUUUGACGAAGUCUAUCCGCUCAAAGCUGCCUUUGAAUCCUACAUCACCCCCUUUACGAAUUGGGACCGAGACGAUCAUAACAGGUUCGUUUACGAGCUGUGGCACAACGGAGUGCUUCGGGAGUAUACCGCGGCUGACCUGACCUUUGAGAAGGACCGACUGGUGGCCCUCGCCGGCAUUGUGGGGGUCAUUCAGCGGCGUACAGGCAUGACUUAUGUAGCCGGGCUGUGGAAGGAACUCCUUCCCAUGGAUCUCAUGUGGCGUAAAAUGGACGCCCCGAUGCCGGGAGACAAACAUCUCGAGCCUAUACCAUGGAAAGCGCCAACCUGGUCUUGGGCGUCGGUCAAGGGCCGGAAAAGGUGCGAUCUCUUUGCGCUACAGAAGGCGGAGAAUGACAAUAUACUCUAUUGCUCUCGCAUCCUGGAAUGUGCGACAGAGACAUUGGACGCGGUACAACCUAUGCUGGGCGAGGUUUUUGGCGGGACCAUCACCCUGACUGGCUUCCUUGCACCUCUGAUCCGCCCCGAUACAUCAGGAACAACAGAAGCAGAGGGAUCGGGACACUCCAAAAAGACCAAGGACGUCGGACUUGACAUUGAUGUAUCGUCGUCAACGGAGCUGUUCUACUUCUGUCUCAUGAAGACCCGGGACAACGAGACGACGCAUACGAACAAAGGACUCGUUCUAGCGAAGGCAGAGGCAGAGAAGGACAGAGAAGCAGACAGCGCCAAGUAUGCAGGCAGCUACAUCCGAGUUGGCGUGUUUGUGAGCUCAUACACUGUCGACGCGGGCAGCAUUUUUGACGGCGUCGAGGAAGCGUCGGUCACUAUAUGCUGA